AUGUGUGCGAUCGUGCGCGCGCGCGCGCGUGCGGCGCGCGCGGCGCUCGAUGCGACGGCGGCGUACGUGCGCACGCACGGGCAGUCGUACGCGCGCGCGUCGGCGGCGACGCGGGACGCGUUCGAGGCGGAGACGGCGGCGUCGAUCGAGGAUUGUCAACGAUGCGUCGGCGCGGCGAGAGACGCGAUCGAACGGGCGAGGACGAGCGGUGGAUUAGGACGCGGAGAGUGCGCGGCGCACUUGCACGGGAUCGCGUUGACGCUGAGCGAUCGAUUGCGAGAGGUGGCGCGGGCGUUCGAUGGGGUGCGAGAGCGGCGAUUCGAGGAGACGCUGGCGCGGGCGGAGCGGGAACGUCAGAGACGACGGGCGGCGCUGAUCGCGACGUACGACGUCGGCGAGGAACGGCGAGGGGUGGAGAGCGUGCGCGUUGAGGGGAUUGAGCGUGAGCAGACGCAGGUGGCGGUGCGGCGACAAGAUGGGUUGGAGGAGGAGUUGACGCAGUUGUUGGAGCAGGUGCGGACGGCGGAGAAAAACGUAAUGGAGAUGUCGGCGCUCAGUUCGUUGUUCGCCACGCACGUGCAGGCGCAGGCGCAACAGAUAGAGACAUUGUACCACGAUGCGGUAGAGAGCUCGAGACACUUCGAGAUGGGGAACGUCGAGAUGAAGAAGACCAUCGAGCGGAAGGGCGACGCGCAGCGAUACGUCGCGAUAAUACUGUUCAUCGCGACGUUCGGCUUGCUCUUCCUCGACUGGUACUCGGGAUGA